AUGCUUGGGAAAUUGUUAGACAUACGGUCACAGGACAGCACGCUGAUGAAGUUGUCUACAGGCAAGCAGUGGGGUGUCAGCCGCGCCCGCUGGCCCGUCAAGUCCGCUCACUUCCUCGCCGACCUCCUCAAGAACGCCGAGGCCAACGCUGACACCAAGGGUCUCGACACCGGUGCCCUUAUUGUCAAGCACAUCCAGGUCAACCAGGCCCCCAAGGGCCGGAGACGCACCUACCGUGCCCACGGUCGUAUCAACCCCUACAUGACCAACCCUUGCCACAUCGAGCUCAUCCUUACCGAGGGUGAGGAAGUCGUCCAGAAGGCCCCCGUUGCCAAGGAGACUCACCUCUCUUCCCGCCAGCGUGGUACUCAGAUCCGCCGUGCUCUCAUCGAGGCAUAA